AUGGCACUCGCGCGCUCUGCCAGCGGGCCUGGCCUGAGCAUCAACACCGGCUCUGCAGGUAGCCUCUUUGGCUCGAGCACCGCCAACUCACAGCCGGCCGCGCCUGCCACCUCGAGUCUCUUUGGCAGCAAACCGGCCACAGGAGGCGGCCUUUUUGGCAACACCUCGACUGCAACGUCCACCGCCCCAGCGCAGGCGGCCACGACGACGACUCCCAGUCUCUUUGGCGGCGCAACAGCCUCUCAGCCACAACAAACACAGCCGUCCAGUCUCUUUGGCGGAUCCAUUCUGAACAAGCCGGCUCCUACCACCGCGACCUCAUCCCUCUUCGGCGGAGCGGCGGCGACUCCUCAAGCCACAACACAGCAGCCUCAACAAUCACAGCAGCAGCAGCAGCAACAACCUAGCAUGCUUGGAAGCUCACUACUGGGCUCUGCUGGCCAGCAACAGCAGACAGUGCCUGGUGUGCGCAUCGACGUUUCGAAUCUCAAGGGCACAACUCGGUUUACCGACCUCACGGACGAACUACAGAAGCUGCUCGAGCAGGUCGACAAGGGUAUCCUCCACCAACUCGACUAUCACCAGCAGGUGCGUGCGUUCAUGCUCGGUCACGGACCUAUGCUCGACGACAUUCCCAACGACGUCAAGUUUGUGGCCAGCAAAUACCAGGGUGUUCGUGGCGCUCUCGAGGCGGAUGCGCAGGCCAUCGAGGUCGCCCGUGGAUUAGUCAAGGAGGACGCCGACCACGCUCGGCUGAGCUUCCGGGCAAUUGACAACCUCAAGCUGCCACAGCAGUACCAUGCCCCGAAUCUCUGGGCACCUCGGUCCACUGCCGCCGCGACAGCGAAUACAGAAUCUGAUGGCCAGGACUUGGUGUCUUUCUUCUCGGCCACAGCCGAUGAGAUGGACAAGCAGCUCAACAAGUACCAACAAAACUUGUCCGAAAUCGAGUCCCACCUCCAUGGUGUCCAACAUGGACUCGUAGAGGAACUGCAGAAGCUCAUGGCCUCCAAGAAUGGUGCACCCAGUGGUGUUGACGAUCGGAUCCAGGAUCUUGUGGCAGUCCUGCGUGAUUUCGAACAGGGCAUUCUCCGGGUGGCAGGACAGGUCGGCGGUGCUCGAGAAGGCAUGACACGAUUGCAACUUGGGGAUUUCAUGGGUGGGUCGAGCGGCAAUGGCUCGCGGGACUUCUGA